AUGGAUGAAUCUUUCAAUUCCAUAUUAGAACCAGAAAAUGCAUGGUUAUUUUUAUUUGAUGAUGUUUCACAAUUGCAACAAUUACCAAUUGUUCAAAACAACCAAGAAAACUUUAUAAAUAGUAUAGAUUUUAACACUGGCGAUGUUACCACUACAAAUAUAAGUGGAUUAAAUUUUCAAAGUUUAGAGGAAUCAUUAAAUAGUGAUACAUCAAUUGAAAAUAAACCUCAAAUCAUUGAACAAAUUCAAUUUCUACAACAACAGCAACAACAGCAACAUGACCAAAUUCAACAACAAUUACAUAAUUUUCAACAACAAUAUCAACAACAAUAUCAACAACGUCAACAGCAAUAUCAACAACAAUAUCAAAAACCAUAUACACCACCUUCUUUUAUUUAUUCUGAAAAAAAUGAUUUAGUUCCUCAACAACAAUUUCAUUUAGGUCAAGAAAAUCUACAACAACCACCACAAUCCUUACAACAACAACAACAACCACCAUCACCAUCAUCACCACCACAACAACAACAACAACCACAACAACAACUACAACAACUACAACAACAACACCAACAACACCAACAACACCAACAACAGCCUCAGUUUCAACAACUACCAAUACAACAUGAGCUACCUCAACAAUCACAACUACAACAUAUUCAAAUACAAUCACAACAAAUACCAACACAACCACAGCCACAACAAAUACAGAAACAAAUACAAAUAGAACAGCCACAGGUACAAGUACAACAACAGAUACAACCACAGCAGCAGAUACAACCACAACAACAUAUACAACUACAACAACAUAUACAACUACAACAGCCACAAAUACAGCAGCAGCAAUUACCACCACAAACAAUACAGCAAAAAGAAAUAAAUAAAAAGAAUCAAUCAAAGCAGUCAUCGAAUUCAAUGCCUCUUUCUCAACAAAUAUUUUUUAAUACACCAAAGUUAGAUCAACACCUUUUAUCAUAUUUUCAAACUCAAAAAACGAAUAACACAAUAAAUACAUUGAAUGUAGACCAAAAAAGAGAUAAUAUAGAAAAACAAAAAGAAAAUACUUCACCACCUACUCCAUCAUCACCUGUACCAACUAUAAUAAACUCUAACUCAACUGAUAUAAAUCAAAUAUCACCAUCACAACAACAGCAACAGCAACAACAACAACAACAACAAACAACAGAUAUAAAUAAAAUAUUAACAUUACAACAAUUAGAACAACAACAAUUAGAAUAUCAAAAACAACAACAACAACAACAACAAUUUAAUUUAACAUUUGAUGAUGAAUCAAAAAAAUCAAUAAAAAGAAUUAAUCAAAAUAUAGCAAAUAGAAAUUUUAGACAAAGAAAAAAGGAUCAUAUAAAGGAUAUUGAGGAUAAAAUGAUGGAAUUAACUUUAGAGAAUGAAAAAUUAAAAAAAGAGAAUGAAUCAAUUAGACAACAAGAACAUGAAGGUGGUACAAUGGCUAUUUUAAAACCGUCACCAGAAAAGAAGCAACUAAUGCUAGAGAUUAGAAGUAUUGUUAGACAAAUAGGCGAGGCUUUAAAAGAAGAUAAUGAAAAAAACUUAAUUUAUUUAUUGCACAUGUAUCAUGGUGCAGUGGCUAAAAGAUAUUCGUCCAUUGAUAAAGACGCUGAACAAAUCGCAAGUCCGGAAAUACAACUAAGGUUGGCUUCUAUUGGAUACGUGUUGAAAUCUACACCUUUCCUAACCAACAUUUUCCAAGGCAUAGAGUCUGAUAGCUGGUUUAACCUUUUCAAAGAGAAGGCUAAUAUCACAUCCCAACAAUCGGUUCAAUUAGAUAUCAUUCGUGAAAAAUAUUGCGAAUAUAAUCUUAAACUGUUGGAUGAAAUUCAUGAUUUGGAUUCUGAGGUGAAAAAAUUCUUUUUUCAAAAUAUUUUUGUUUUUCAAUCUUAUAGUAUCUCUUUGAAAACUUCAAAACCUUUGGACCUUUCUCAACAAAUUGAAUUUGCUUGUAAAUUGAAAUUAUUAAAAAACAAAUUCUUUGAAAAUAGUUGUCUAAUGUUUGAAACUUUCUCCUCACUUAGUAAAAUACUAACACCAAAACAAGAAGCUUUACUUUUGGUUGAAAUCGAUAUAUUCUCAUGUUUCAAUUUGAAAAAGUUUGAAAUGAUCACAAAUGUUUGGGCAAAUAAAUCAAAAAUGAAAAAAUCAAGUGAUCCAUUUAAAAUUGGUGAUUUAAGUCAAAUUUUUGAAAAACCUUAA